AUGACGGGCCGGGUAAUAAUCGUCACUGGAGCUAAUUCUGGGAUUGGGUUUGAAGCGGCAAGAACACUAUGUGAAGCCGGAAAUGACGUUAUUCUUGCCUGUAGAAAUGAAGAAAAUGGUAAAGCCGCAGUCGAAAAAAUUCUGCAAGAAAACCCGAAAGCUCUGGCAACAUUUCUCCAGUUAGAUUUGGCAGAUCUGGCUUCUAUUCGGAAGUUUGUGGAAGACUUCCAUGCAGUUAGGAAAAAUCUAAACGUCCUCGUCAAUGAUGCUGGCGUAUUUCUCAAUGCGAGCGAUACAGUUAGAAAAUUUACCAAGGAUAACUUUGAACUGACCAUGGGAACGAACUACUUAGGUCCAUUUCUUCUUACCCAUCUCCUUCUGGACGAUUUGAAGAAAACAGCGAAUGAAAAUGGAGACAGUCGGAUUGUGUUUGUAACAUCAUCUUUACACGACAUAAACUUCAAAUUUAACAGAGGUGGUGAGUCUUUUGAUCUUGAGAAUUUCUUCCUGGAAAAGGAUGCAACAUAUACUGGACGUCAAGCUUACAAGAACUCCAAGGUUGCCUUGGUGAUGAAUACAUACUCCCUGGCCCGUAAAUUGGAGGGAACAGGAAUCAGUGUAAACUGCAUGUGUCCAGGUUUCAUCCCAUCUACGCAGCUGACCAGACAUGCUUCAUUAUACUCCAGAUUUAGGUUGAAAUUUAUAGUGGGGCCCAUCUGCAAGCUCGCAAAUAUUUCAAGGACGGUGGACCAUGGAGGCGAAAUGAUUAAGGAGCUGAGUGUCAAUGAAAAAUACAAAGAUGUUUCAGGAAAUUAUUUCAAAGACUUUGAAGCCACGGAGUCGUCAGAGGAAUCACGGAAUGAAGAAGUCCAGGAUCAACUGUACGAGUUAUCUGCCCGUUACUGCCACCUAGAGGGCUACGAACCAUUGGACGCCCCCGCCCCACUCCAACCACAGGAGGAACCCAAGACCCCAAGUAAGGAGGAGAUCAAGGAGGAGAACGUUACAGAAGAGAAUAUGAAAACGGAAGCGGAAGAGAAAACUGAUGUGAAGUAG